CCCUCUAUGCUGUCUGCUUGUGUGUAAAUAAGCAAGCAAAGCAAGCAGACGUCAAGCGAAUAUAGUCGGGGGGCUGUUCGGUUCCUUUUUCUACACAAUUUACUGUCUUUAGUUUAAAUUUGAGCAAUGAAUCCACCAGCAUCUCUUGUAUAUUUGAAAGAAUUGCCGCCGGAAGUUCGAGAAAAAGUGUGCAGAGUUCUUGCCGAAGAUCGUGCGUGGGAAGCAUUGGUUGGGAAAUUGAUUGAUUUGAGAAUCAACAUCACCUCUACUGAAGAACUGGAGAGCACAACUUCUCCGGCUGACAAAUUGUUCAAUAUACUCACACAUCACAAUUUUAAGGAUGGAUCCCUUAAAAUUGCAACAUUUUAUAAGAUUUGUGCAACGUUGAAACUGCGCAAACUGAUGCAUUGUCUAGCACCCCAUGUCAAGGAAGAUGUGAUAAAAAUGGUUGAGGGUGCCAUGAAGCGAUCAUCCUCAAAUAUAACUCCGGGAAAUAAUGUUGGUCUGACACAGAAUCACACAGAGGUUUAUCUACAUCAGCUACCUGCCGAUAAAAGAACAAAACUAUGUGCAGUAUUGAAUCAUAAUGACGAAUGGCGACAUUUAAUGGCAAAGUUUGAAAAGGCUGGCUUCACACAUAAUCACAUAAAAUUGUGUGAAAUGAACUCUCCAAACAAUCCAUCUAGUGAAGUUUUUCAAUUACUCGCAGACAGAAAUUUUAAAAUAUCACUUUUGUAUGCAGCCCUGGCAUCAAUGAACCUCCAUGAAGCAAUGAACAUACUGCAAUGCUAUGUUGCAGAAAACUUAAUGAAUGCACAGCCGUAUUCUCACAGGCAUGAUGUCAAGAACAAUGUUUCUGUGACUAAUAAACAGUGUGGGAAUAAAAAUUCAAUUAUAGAGAAAAUGGAAAAUAAAGAAAAAUUAGAUGGCUUCAUUUCAAGAGGUAUGGCAUAUACAGAACUUUCGAAAAUGACAAAUGGAUGGAGUGACGAAAACCGUCUUGGUCCAAAUGGCAAAGGAAGUUUUUACCUUGGUAUACGGGAUGAUGGGAAGGAGGUAGCAGUGAAGAGACUGCUGCUUGAAGAUGAAAAGCAACGUUGGAAAGUCCUUCAAGAGCUACACCAAUUGGAAGAUUUUGGAAAGAAACUGGAAGGCCAUAAAAAUGUCCUUAAAAUGUUAAUGCUCAUUGAAGGCGACAGUGAUAACAACCCUUGUAUAAUUUAUCCUUUCAAAAAGAAGAAAUCUUUGUAUGAUCAUUUACAAAAUAAGGGUUUUUCAAUACCUCAUGAGGGUUCAACGUCUUGCUGGGAGCAGAAACGAAUUAUUGCUCUAGGCGUAACUAAAGCAUUAAUUUAUCUGCAAGGAUGUUUUGGAAAGCAAACUGUUGUUGUGAAAAGUUCUGACAUAAUACUGGAUGAUACAAUGGGGCCUUUAGUAGCAGAUGUCUGUCUUCCAAGUAUGAUGGAAAGAAACCAUUCUAAGUACCUUGCUAUGUAUUUGCCUCCUCAACAAGAGGGAUCAGAAAUAAAGACCUUCUGUCUGGGCACGAUUAUUUUAGAGUUAGUCACGGGGAAAACAGCUGAUAGAUAUGACAAGCAUCCAGAACAACUCAAAGAGUUCAAAGAAAUCUCUAUGGAAUCUGAUGUCAGUCAAAAGAUCAGCAAAAAAGAAAAAGGAAAAUGGAAAGCAUUAAUUUUAUCGUGCUUGCAAGGUUCUACUGAAUUAACUGCAGUUCAAGAAAUUCUAGAAGAAAUGGCAUAAUUUGAAAACUUGCCUAUUGCUGUCAGUAAUGACUCGACCUUAAACAUGUACCUGGUGUAUCUUUUAAAACUUGUAAUGUCAUUCUUUUCCUGAUGGAUGUUGUAGAAUAUGAUGUGAAUCAUACGUUUUUCUUUUCUAUUGUUACAUGAUCCAAUUGGAUAAUGUUUUGUUAUAUUUAAAAUUUUAUUCUAUUGAAAUCUAAAAUUAAUCAAUAACAAUUGUUUUUUUUUUUUUUUUUUCUUAUUCGAUUUUAUAUAAACUUGUUUCAUCAACAGA